ACGAAAGGCCCAAGGGUGGGAAUUGGGAUCGUAUUUUAAUUUUUCCUUUUGGCGUCCCUCCUCUCUCUGUUUCAACAUCAGCAGUCUCGCAGGGCCGGCUUGUGCUUCUCACUUGCCGCCAACAUGGCUGUGGGUGUUCUCGCUCUACAGGGGUCUUUUAACGAACACAUAGCAGCGCUGAGGAAACUGGGGGUUAAGGGUGUGGAGAUAAGGAAGCCGGAACAGCUGGAGCAAGUGGGCUCCCUUAUCAUCCCUGGUGGAGAGAGCACCACCAUGGCCAAGCUCGCUGAAUACCACAACCUGUUUCCUGCUUUGCGAGAGUUUGUUAAACUUGGGAAGCCUGUUUGGGGAACCUGUGCAGGACUUAUCUUCUUGGCAAAUAAGGCUGUUGGACAGAAAACAGGUGGGCAGGAACUAGUUGGGGGCCUUGAUUGUACAGUCCACCGGAACUUCUUUGGCAGUCAGAUUCAGAGUUUUGAGACAGAGCUUUCUGUACCUGAACUUGCAGCCAAGGAAGGUGGUCCUGAAACUUUCCGAGGAGUUUUCAUCCGCGCUCCUGCAAUCCUUGAAGUAGGGCCGAAAGUUGAAGUGCUGGCUGAUUAUCCUGUCCCAUCUGGCAAAUUGUUGGAUUCAAUAUCUGCUCUAGAAGCCCCACAGGAGAAUGCUGGGUCUGAAAAGAAGGUGAUUGUUGCUGUAAAGCAAGGGAACUUGCUAGGGACUGCCUUCCAUCCUGAAUUGACUGCAGAUACCCGAUGGCACAGUUACUUCUUGAAGAUGACGAGUGAGGUCAGAGAAGAGGCCUCAAGUAGUAUCUCUGUGGCUGGAGGUGAGGACACAAGUUCCAAUGAGCAAUUGGGGAAUGAUCUUCCUAUAUAUCAAUAGUAGCCAUGAGAAAACUAACUAGUUAUCUUUGCAACAUCCUUAUUAUUUUGAAAUUUAUAGUUGCCUUCUAUAUUUGAAUAUUUAUGAUUUCUGUAAUAGGUCAGUCCGUAUUUGACUGGAAAAUUCUGUUUGGUGGGUUGGUUUCUAAGUGGAUUCCUCUUAUGUUUACUAGAUGGGGCUUGUAAAUAUUUCAGUAGUUUACAAUGCUCGAGGUGCUAUAGUUUGAGCUUCUGAGUUACCUCA